AUGGGGGGAGACAUCCAAACUUCGGUGCCGUCUAGUGAGCCAGCUGAGUCUCAACGACUAAUGAUAAGGGCCUGCGACAUGUGUCGGAUCAAAAAGAUACGAUGCCAGCCCACAAAGCAAGGGUGUGCGCAAUGCACCAAGUCCAAGACAAAAUGCCACUUCACUCCUAUCUCCACAAAACGAAAGCCCCGGAGGCCUGCUGGUUAUAAGUACAUUGCUCAGUUAGAGGAGAGACUUCAGAACAUGGAGAACGUCCUGGAGAAAGCUCUCCAACGCGCCAAAUCCACAGAGGGCGAAGCCCCACCAGCAGAAGAUACCAUGGACCAUGCGCCUUGCGAGGACUCGAGCGAGCAACCACAGACAGAUAUGGUUGUUGCGAGUCCUCCGCAAAGGAUAACCAACAUAUUCCCUUCGUCCUGGUUUGACACAAUACCAGGAAAUUUCACAGAAAUCCUUAACUCCGCCGCAUCGCCUUUACGCCCGUCCCCAUCAUUUACAGUGGGCAUGGCACUGGGCCCAUUCUCUCUUCCCACGUUUCAGGAGCUCCCUACAAAGCCAGUCGCACUCGAUCUAGUGACGGAUACCUUCAAGAGCUUCAUCCGCUUCUUCCCACUCUUUGAUGAGCAAGAUUUCCUGCAAAAAUUUGACCGCCACUACUUGACCUCGAGUCCGAGUAAUCCAGGGUGGUGGGCGUGUAUCAACAUCGUUCUGUCUCUCGCCCACCGUUUCCGCUCGAUGCGCAUGUUUGAAACAGGCUACGAGAGUGCUCAGGCGUGCGGUUAUUGUCAUAAUGCACUUGCAGUCGUUGCAGAACUCAAUAUUCUUCACAAUAGCUUACCGGCAGUUCAAGCUCUGGUUGGCAUGGCUCUCGUACUUCAGGGAUCAGCAAACUCACAUCCCGCCUCUGUCCUCACAGCAGCCGCGGUAAGGUUAGCACAGGCGAUGGGGCUACACCGAAAAACUCGUGAUAACGGCCUUACCGAAGCGGAAAACGAGCAGCGGAGACGUGUGUUUUGGAUUGCGUACCUUCUUGACAAAGACAUUAGUCUCCGGAUGGGGCAGCCUUUUUCCCAAGACGAUGACGAUAUGGAUGUCGAGCUGCCAUCGGGUGUUCUCUCCACAUUGCCUUCUGGUCUUGAUGAACCUUGUACUAUCGAUCUCUUCAAAUCCCGCAUCGGACUUGCUGUGAUCCAAGGGCAAGUCUACAAGCGACUGUACUCGGUACAGGCAUCACAACAGUCCGAGAUGCAGAAAGCUUCCGUAGCGAAAGAACUUGACUCAAUAAUCUCAUAUUGGCGAAGCAGUGUUGAGAUUGAUCUGGAUAGCGACCACGUUACGAUGCCUCUGUCGCCUGAGGCGCUGCACGUACUUAUCCUACGAUUCACCUACAUUCACUGUUUUAUCAUGGUGGCUCGACACUUGCCACAAAGACAGCAGCUUGUAGUAAAUGAAGGAUCUGAUUUGCAGGGCACUUUCGUACCUGUCGAGAGUGACUGCCUCAUCGAGUCAAGAAAGGCAGUUCGCUUGAUGCAUUUGAUACCUCAUGGAGACUAUGCCUGUGUCUGGAUCAUGCUCCACCCAUUCUUCGCCGCUGUCAUGAUGCUCUUGCAGAAUGCGCUAGAUCACCCUGCAUGUGCAGACGCACAGUCAGACCUGGAGAUUGUGCAGCCAUUUUUCAGGCUCCUUGACGUAUUGGCAGCGGAGGAAAGAACUUGCUACAGGUCAAACGAGGCGAGAAGGAUGCAUCGGGAGUGUAAUGAUUUGUUGAGAAAGGCAUCUGAGGCUGUCGGUUGUAUGAGCAUGGUAUUUGACACCGCGGGGCUGAUCGAGGUGGUCUAA